AGUCUCCAUCAGUUUUAUCUUAAUUAGAUAGCUUAUCAUGCCAAACAGGUAAGGCAUUUUAUUUGUUCUGUAAUGAUCUAGCUAGCUACUGAAUGGACUCCAGAAAAGUUUUAACAUCUAUAAAACAAAUUUAAUGAUGUGCUUUAUUAAUGCUGUGGAAUUACUAUUGAUUAAUAAUGCAUUUAUAAUACCUUAGUUUUGCACAUGCUUUAUGUUCUGUAGCUAUUCCAUUUUGCAUUAAUGACUGUAUAUACUGUAUAGUGCUUGUGUUUAUGUUCUUGAUAAUGAAAAGUAACUCAGCUUGCCUAGCAGCCAACAUUAUUCACAGUGAUGUUUAACAUUUCUUUAAAAUGCUGGUACAAAUCCUAGAUAUUUGAUUGCCGCAUGUGCAGAAUCAUUAGCCAAAUAUGCAUUGUAUAUUGUCAUGCUAAGACAUGCCCCCUCAUUAUCAUGAAGAGGUGAGGAGAUUAGUAAAUGUUGUGUGAAUAAAUUAGGAAAUAGGGCGGCGCAGUGGCACAGCAUGUAACGCUGAUGCCUCACAAGGUCCCUGGUUUGAUCCUGAGCUAAGGUUACUGUUUGUGUGGAGUUUUGAAUGUUCUCCCCAUGUCUGUGUGGGUUUCCUCUGGGUUUUCUGGUUUCCUGCCACUGGUUUCCAAAAACAUUCCCAGGAUAGGCUCCACCUCCACAAGGAAAAGAUGAAAAGUAAGAAGAGUGAUUUGGUUAUAUUUAGUUAUAUUACUCAUUUAUUUAUUUUAAUACAUAUAUUGACUGUUUGAAACUUGAGAUUUAAUUUUUGUUUUAAUCAAAAAUGUCUAUUCAUUAUUAUUUUUUAUUAAAUACAUAGCCUAUUAAUGACCUUUGUCGUUUUGGGCAUUCCAUAUGGAACUGCCAAAAAAAAAUGUUUUUAUUUUUUAUUUUUUAAGAAACAUUACAUCUCUGUCGUCUUUGAAUAAAUGGGCGGGGCAAGUUCAGUUUCCUGCCCUCCUAUUCGUAUAUUGGCCCCGCCCCGUUCGUAAGCUCCUCCCCGUUCCCGGUCCACACCGAUUCAUGGGCCCGUAAACUGCACACCACUGAUUCUGCGGUAAAGAUGGCGGCGUCGGAGGGGGCGCGUAGUGGUUUGAGGAAAUCACUUCGACCCCCUAUGGGUCCGUUUUAGCAGGAAAAAAAAACUUCGGGAUCACCAGAACAAGAAUUCCCACCUCGCCAAGAUACCGAGUGGUGCCGUUAAAGUGAACCGAACUGAUUGGUGACACAUUGUGCACAGUAGAGGCGAGGUGGGUGGGAUCAAACACACACACACACACACACCGCUAGCUCUCGGGCUAGGCUAUCGAGCUAAGAGGGGGUGAAGAGCACAGUCGAUAGGCCGCUCCGCUAUUUCUCUAGAGGGGGGAUGUGAUCCAGGCGGACGGUGGUGUUUCCUUGCUUCGGUCCCGGCAGAUCUUUUCACGCAGACGCGCUGGUGAAAUGGGACAGCAGGUAGGGCGAGUGGGUGAGGGGGCCUCCGCGGCACUCCAAAGCCCACCGCACGGCCACUCACAGCAACCGCAGCCGCACCAAACCAAAGGGAGCCGGGCGAGCAGCUCCGGGAGGAGACCGCGGGAAGCGACGAACGCCGGGACACCAGCGUGCAGACUCGCCGUUACCGCGAACGCGUCCGACCCGGGAGUUAACGUAUUCACUCUGCAUUCAGAAGCCCUGCAUAGGCCAUUUGGAUUGGACUCGUCGGCUCUGACCGAGGCAGUGCGUUGGAGCUCAAAGGAGAACCUGCUGGGUGCUGCCGAGAGUGACCCCAAUCUGUUCGUCGCACUUUACGACUUUGUGGCCAGUGGUGACAACACGCUGAGCAUCACGAAAGGAGAGAAGCUCAGGGUGCUGGGCUACAACCAGAAUGGUGAAUGGAGUGAGGUUCGCUCGAAAAACGGUCAAGGCUGGGUUCCCAGUAACUACAUCACGCCGGUGAACAGUUUGGAGAAGCACAGCUGGUAUCAUGGACCUGUGUCUCGCAGCGCAGCCGAGUAUCUGCUCAGCAGCCUCAUCAACGGCAGCUUCCUGGUGAGGGAGAGCGAAAGCAGUCCGGGCCAACUCUCUAUCUCGCUGCGCUACGAGGGCCGAGUCUACCACUACCGCAUCAACACUGGCUCUGAUGGCAAGGUCUACGUAACCUCUGAGAGCAGGUUCAGCACAUUAGCCGAGCUGGUCCAUCAUCAUUCCACUGUAGCGGACGGUUUGGUGACGACGCUGCACUACCCGGCCCCGAAAUGCAACAAGCCCACUGUCUACGGGGUCUCGCCCAUCCACGACAAGUGGGAGAUGGAGCGUACCGAUAUCACCAUGAAGCACAAGCUAGGAGGAGGCCAGUAUGGCGAGGUCUAUGUGGGUGUCUGGAAGAAAUACAACCUCACUGUUGCUGUCAAAACGCUCAAGGAGGAUACUAUGGAAGUGGAGGAGUUUCUGAAAGAGGCUGCUGUGAUGAAAGAGGUGAAACACCCCAACCUAGUGCAGCUGCUUGGUGUGUGCACACUGGAGCCUCCGUUCUACAUCGUGACGGAGUACAUGCCUCACGGCAACCUGCUGGACUAUCUCCGUGAGUGUGACCGUGAGGAGGUGAAUGCUGUCGUGCUGCUCUACAUGGCUACUCAGAUCUCCUCCGCAAUGGAGUACCUGGAAAAGAAGAACUUUAUUCACAGGGAUCUGGCUGCACGAAACUGUCUAGUAGGGGAGAACCAUGUGGUAAAGGUGGCUGAUUUUGGCUUGAGUCGGCUUAUGACGGGAGACACGUACACCGCUCAUGCUGGUGCCAAGUUCCCCAUCAAGUGGACCGCUCCAGAGAGCUUGGCCUACAACACCUUUUCCAUCAAAUCAGAUGUCUGGGCAUUUGGAGUUCUUCUGUGGGAGAUUGCGACCUAUGGUAUGUCUCCAUACCCUGGUAUUGACCUGUCUCAGGUUUAUGACCUGCUGGAGAAGGGCUACCGCAUGGAGCAGCCAGAGGGCUGUCCACCGAAAGUCUACGAACUCAUGAGAGCAUGUUGGCAGUGGAGCCCAUUGGACAGGCCCUCAUUUGCAGAGAUCCAUCAGGCCUUUGAGACGAUGUUCCAUGACUCCAGCAUAUCGGAAGAAGUGGCAGAGGAACUGUGCAAGACUGCCUCUUGUGGUAAAGAUGGGGUAGUGCACUCGUUCAGUCACGAUCAGCCCCUUGUGCCCUCCAAGUCCCGGCCACAGAAGAAGCACUCGGACAAUAAGGAGAACACGGAGGGGCUGGAGAGUCGGCAUGAGCCUGGAGCUCACGGUCCUUCAGCCUCUCUGUUGGUAGGUGAUGGUCGUUCCAGCAGCUCUCCUGCUCUGCCCCGGAAGCAGAGAGACAAAUCUUCUGGUGGCCUACUUGAUGACCCGUUGGAUGCCACCUUUACUCGUGACCGCAAAACUGGCUUCUUCAGCUCCUUCAUGAAGAAGAAAUCGUCAACAACCGCUUCCACCUCUCAGCCUCAGCACAACCUCCCCAUGACCCCCAGCAGCUCCUUUCGUGAGAUGGAGACGCAGCCUCACAAGAAGUAUGAGCCCACAGCUGCGUUUGGAGGUCCUCCUCCACCUCCACUGCCUCAGGCUGAUGGACUUAGCUUUUCGCCAUCUCAUGGAGAAGGAAACCAUGUUCAGUCACGGUGCUGUGGAGCCACUUUUGGGCAGAAGCUCUCUGGGUCAAACUCAUCCACCUCUAACCAGGUGGGCAGCAGCAGCAGCAGUAGCUGGGCAGGACUUGCAGGCUUCUUCACACCACGCCUUAUCAAAAAGACCCUGGGGUUGCGAACUGGGAAGUCUUCUGGGACUGAUGAAGGGGGUGGAGGAGCCAGGCCGUUUCCUCGUUCAAAUUCAACAUCCUCCAUGUCAGCUGGGCUGCCAGAUUUGGAGCGCAUGGCGCUAACAUUACCCAGGAACCGUAGCAAGCCACCAUUGGAACGUACAGUGUCCACCAGUUCACAGCCAGAGAAUGGUGCCCCGCGACCCUCAGAUGCGCCGCCCAGAAAGCUAGAUGAAGGCACAGCGCAGAUCCGGGACAGACCCAAAGCUAAACUACUGCCACGUGCGGUAUCAGUGGGCACAGGAGCGUCUAGGGCACCAGGGGUUGGGGGUGAGGCAGAGUCUGAUGCUCAUACUCAGGGUAGAGUGGGGCAAGAUGACAGGCCAGCCUGGUCUUCUCCGUCUAAAACGUUAGUCGGCCCACAUAAUCAUAAAGUCCCGGUCCUGAUCUCUCCGACACUGAAGCCUGGCACAGCUGACCUGGUUGGUGUAGACUCUCAGGGCAACCGCUUCAAAUUGCUGGCUGACAGUGGCAGUGAUAGGCCACGAUUGAUCAAGCCCAAGUGUGCCCCACCUCCUCCACCCACACUGCGCUCUCUCCAACACAGUUAUAGCACAGAUGGUGCAGAUGAGGCGACUAACAUGGGCCCAGAGGUCAAUGGAGAUGGGGUUAAAAGGUCAGGGAGAGGGUCAGGAGGAGCUCGGCCAUGCGUACCUCCACCACAAGCACCUCCAGCACCUGCUGCUUCUUCCGGCAAUGCAACAACAAACAAGAUGGCCAAUGGUGGCACUACCUCCGCCUCCUCGAAGCUGACGCUGAGACGGACCCGGCAGCAGGUGGAACGUAUACCACUGGAAAAAGUCAGUAAAGAAGCUCUGCUAGAGUGUGCUGAGUGCUUAAGCCUUGCGCUCCACAGCAGUACAGAGCCAUGCUCCAGCAGCCAAGUCUUGGAUGCUGGUCACCAGUUACUCGACUACUGUUCAGGCUAUGUAGACUGCAUCCCACAAACACGUAACAAAUUUGCCUUCCGUGAGGCUUUGGGCAAGCUGGAACUCAGCCUUCAGGAACUGCGGGCUUCUUCUACGGGUGGAGGAGGCGGACUAGGUGGAAGUGGGACGAGUCCUGCUCUGGACAACUUGCACUCUUGCAUUAAAGAGAUCAGUGAUGUGGUGCAAAGGUAGUUGGUGGAGUCACAUAAAACCCCACUACCCUAAUAGAACUUUUUACAAGUUUUUAAGUAUUGUUUUGUAAAUGAUUGGGGGACAGAGGAUAUUCUCUCCAAAGUACCUCAGUAAAAUCACUACAAAUGGUCUCUCCCCCUCUGUCAUUGUUUACAGUGGACUUUAAAAUCGCCAGUUGGAAACAGAGCUCUAAACUUGUAAAUAAGCUUGUUGUCCAAAACAAAUCACGUACAGUGUCUUUUACCCAGGUUUGGCUACUUAUUUUGUGAUCAAAAGAGCCUACAUUUUAAAGAAAUAGAGACUAAUCAAUACCCACGAACCAGUUCUUUGACAUAUUUAUAUGAUUAUGAUGAUAUUAGAAAGAUUGCAGAUUAUCGUGAUUAUUACAUGGAUUACUUCUACUCACAAUAACUGGAUAUGUGAUUUUUGUCUGAAUGCACAACAAACCCAUCACAGUAGAAAUAGAUCAGUCCUGGAUGGGCUCUGCACACACUGUUCAAUAUUAGCAGUACUGAGCCUUCGGCACAAAGGAUACAUCAUGCAGUCACUGUCACCUCUGAUUGAUUUCAUUCAUCUAUGUAUAGACAUUUCAGCAUUUGAUGGAAGGUUCUGUAGCAGUGUAUGCUAAUGCCAUUCUCUGUAUGUCCAUGUUUACGGGCAUAGUGCUAUUCACUAAUGGGAAAGGAGUGUGGUCAAGAUACUGAACAUAGAGCUGUUGAUUAGUGGGUAUUAUUUAAGUGACAGAAUUUUUAGCUUAUGUCAAAUUCGAGGUUCCAGUCAUUUGUCCAUAGAAUGAUUUUGUCAAAACACAGACUUCCAAGCCAAUUAAACUCAAUGGGGACAAUCAUAAGAUGCAUGAUGAUAAUGGCAGAUAAUUCCAGCUGAUGUGUAAGUAUUUGAUUUAAAAAUAAUAAUAAUAAUAAUAAUGCGUAGCUGAUAUUUUUCGAUUUUUGAGCAGGAAACAUGCUAAAAUCUAACACAGUUAAUGGAUAAAGGAUAGUUUCAUAACCGGUAAUUAUGCCAGAAUCGAACAAUUCAAAUGUGUCAGUGUUUUACUGGUAUUCCUAUAAAUAUGUGAAUAUUGAUUAUAGGCUAUGACUCUGAAUGUUUUCAGAGGUUACAAGCAGGUUUGGCACCUUGACCCAACAGCUGAAUGUGCUGAUUUAGACAUAGAUGGGCUUUUUCUUUGUCUGUCUUGGACACGGGCACAAGUUUGGACACUGUGGUUUCCCACUGUGACUUAUAGACACUCACUGCAGAACAGCAACUUUACUGCAAUAUUGCUAAAUAUAAGUGACACAGCAAACUGCCAUUUCUAUAGCACAUUGAUUUGUACUUUUUUAUUUUAAUUUUUUUAAUUUUUUUUUUUUUUUUUUUACACAUUAGAAUGUCUUCUAAACUUGAAUUUUAAAUUAUUUCUUAUUACAAGCACAGGAAUUUCUGUUAUAGUUAAUAAGUAAUCGUGCAUUACGUCCUACACGAAGCAUUAAAGACCAUCUUUAUGUAGCUUUGAGUGGUUGCUUGAUCAGAAGGACGUUGUUCCUUAUAGAAAGUCUCGAAAUGAAACAAAGGUCUCCAUCUGAGCAUCUACGACCUGAAUGUAUCCAUCUUGUCGAACGUUGCAUGAUUUCAUACGGCUUGACCAGACUCCAAAACGUUAAAAUGAGGUGCAAUUUCCUUUUUCGUUUCUUUUAAUCGAAGCCUUGUAAUGUCAUUAAAGUGAUGAUGUACUUUUUACACUGGAUGCCAUUUUAAACGCAUGGAUGUUGACGGGCUUGCCUUCGAUCGUCUAUGCGGUGUAAUAUGGAAAUGUUAUUGUCUGUACCAUUCAUCUCGAAUUCAUUUUGAUUCCUCUCAACCAGAACAUAAUGUGUCCGUACGUUUAGGGGAGCAGUUUUGGUUUUCAUCAGAUGACGCUUGGUGGUUUUCUCUACCAUAAGCCGUUUUCCGCAGUUUCGUGGUGCCUUUUUGUGAGAGAUUUUAAUAGUCACGAUACAAAAACGCGUUCAGGCGGAUGAAAAAUUGGGAGCAGUUAUUCUUGUAUAUGUAAAAUAAUGCUUGACUCAUCAGUAGUUAUAGGAUGUCUGACUUCAACCGAAAGAUGUGCAAUGUUUUGUCCUGUAGCAGUGAAAAAGGCAGGGAUUUUACGACCAUUUUAAUUUUGCUGAUGAGAUCGUUCAUUGGUUCUAUCCUGUUGGGACUAAAUCCUCACAUAAACUUUAGAUAGCUAAACUGUAAAGAGAUGUUCCGAUUUAUUCAAACAGCAGGAAAUCUAGUUGUUUGAAAUUGAAAUGCUUGACAGUUGCAUAGCUUUGGGGAGGAGGUUUUAGAAGAAAGGGUUAAAAGGUUGACCCUAGUGCAAGUCAUUUUCAGGGAAUAUUUUUGUGAUAGGAGAGUUUGAAAUGGCAAAGUGCUUAUGUUUCAUUGUCACUGUUGAAUUGCAGAUUGAUUUAAUGUUCCCAGUUAAUCAAGUACAGUAGUGCACCAUUAUGGAGUUCAUUAUGGUUGCCUUGCUGUAAUUUGGCCUUUUAUUUAGUUUGGUAUGUUCAUUAUAUCUGUGCCAUAUGAGUUGGCAAGUAGGCAAACCUGUGAAGUGGAGAAGUGGUGUUUAAACAGAAUUUCCUGUUCCUGUUUGCUGGUCUAAUUUCAAAGCCAUCUUACACACAUGUGUUUUGCCAGUGCAUUCAAUCCAACAGUACUGCUUUUAUUAGCCCUUUUUUACUCUGCAUUUUUAUUUCGACACUGUCUUUUAAUUUAUUUUGGGUUUUUAUUUAUGUAUUUUCUAAGAUGUAUUGAAUCCUGGAAAUAACGUUUUUUUUUUUUUGUAUGAUGAGGUUUCAAGUUAUGUUUUUUUUUUUUUUUUUUUUUUUUUAAAUGUAAAUCUUCAUUUCUAUACCAAAGGCCACCUCUGCAGUCCUUCAAGUGCAAUGACAAAUGGAACACACUUAAUUUUAAAUAUGUGAAUUUAAAAAGGGCAGAGGUUGACAGAAUAACAGUAUUUUUCUGUUAUGUAAAAAGUAUAUUUUGUGUGAUUUCUAAUUUAAAGCUCACUUUGAAUAGCAUAUUACUGUGAAGUGCUCCCUCAGUGUUACACUUGAUGUAAAUAAUAAUUAAAAAGGGUUGAAGCUUA